CGUGCGACUACAGACGCAAACCGUUUUGGGUUUGAAAAGCAUGGCAGCUGCAGAGUCGGUGGCGGCCGUGCCGUCGUCGUCUCUGGUAGCAGACACAGCCCCGGUCCCUGAAACUGCAGAAACAGCUGCAGCAACGGCCGCCACCUCGCCAGCGACGGCCGGGCCGGGAUCCGAAGCCAUGGUCUCCAAGGCCGCUUUGGCUACUAAGCUGCUGUCCCUGAGCGGCGUGUUCGCCGUGCACAAGCCCAAAGGGCCCACUUCAGCCGAGCUGCUGAAUCGGCUGAAGGAGAAGCUGCUGGCAGAAGCUGGAAUGCCUUCUUCAGAAUGGACCAAGAGGAAAAAGCAGACUUUGAAAAUUGGGCAUGGAGGAACUCUAGACAGCGCGGCCCGAGGAGUUCUGGUGGUUGGAAUUGGAAGGGGAACAAAAAUGUUGACCAGUAUGUUGUCAGGGUCCAAGAGGUAUAUCGCCAUCGGAGAGCUGGGGAAAGCUACCGACACGCUGGACUCCACAGGGAAAGUGACGGAAGAGAAACCUUACGAUAAAAUAACACAAGAAGAUAUUGAAGGCAUUUUACAGAAAUUCACUGGGAAUAUAAUGCAGGUGCCUCCCCUCUAUUCUGCGUUAAAGAAAGAUGGACAGAGACUUUCAACCUUGAUGAAGAGAGGCGAAGCAGUGGAAGCAAAGCCCGCCAGGCCAGUCACUGUGUACAGCCUCUCCCUGCAGAGGUUCCAGCCACCGUUCUUUACAUUAGAUGUUGAAUGCGGAGGAGGCUUUUAUAUCAGAAGCUUGGUCAGUGACAUUGGCAAAGCGCUCUCGUCCUGUGCCAAUGUGCUAGAGCUGACCCGGACCAAACAGGGGCCGUUCACGCUGGAGGAGCACGCGCUUCCCGAGGACAGGUGGACAAUCGAUGACAUCGCGCAGUCCCUGGAGCACUGCUCGUCCCUGCUCCCAGCCGAGCUGGCACUUAAAAAACCAAAACCUGAGGAGUCUAGUGAACACGUUCUGAGCUGUGAAUAUAUAACUCUAAAUGAGAAGAAGGGAGAAGACGAUGUAAUUAAGACGUGUUAAGAUGGGCGUGGGUCCUCAUUUCUCCGUGGACAGUCGAAUCCUGUGUACACAAGCUACUGGCAAAGGACAAACAGCCACUCCCUUUUUUUUGCAUGAAGAAAAAUGCCCAUCAUUUACAGUUUCUGCAGUGCACAAUUUAUCUGCUGCACAUUGCAAAUAGCCUUGCAGUUGUUCAGCUCUUCAGCGUACUGUGGAGUGUUCUUUUAGGAGAUUAUUAUGUUGUUAGAUUGGAUACAGGAAAAUCAACUUGCUCAUUUUGAUCUUGCUUCAAAGUCUUUUCCUGUGAAAAAGCUGAACACAUUUUCUAAUCAAAGAAAAAAGACGUAUGAGCUACGUGUUUCUUCGGCAUCAAAAAAGUUAACGUAAAUUAGUGUUACUUUGACUUUAUUCUGGCUGUCUGGUAGCUCUAUUGUAUUGAAAUUCUUUAACUAUGUUUGAAAAGGCUGUUAUUUAACUCCUUAUGUUUUGGAGAGUUUGUGGUUAUUAAGAACAUUUCUUUGAUACGGCUGCAUUCCUUUGGUAAUAGCUGUGUUCGUUUAGAUCUUGGACACUAAUAAACUUGUAUCAUAAAUAUUUGUAAUUGAACCAAAUUUUUGCUGUUACCAAUAAAGGGAUGUAAAAUGCAAGACUUAAUGCACCUCUACCGUUAGUGCAAAGGACGGCCCAGUGGCUUGUAUUUCGGCAGCUAUGAGAUCUUCCAAUAUUUUCCACACCGCCGAUCACCCUGUACCAAGUUGCUAAAUAACAAUUUUUUAAAAGUAAGCUAAAGAAUGUGUUUUCAAUUAAACAUUUCUUUAUUCUUUAGUAUUUAUUUUACCUUUUUUAGUGCAUUGGUUUUUGGUUUGCUCUUUCAAAUGAUAUUUAUAGACCCUGAGAUUGCCCCUGUGCAUUUCCAGCUAACCUUUUCAGCUCUAAAUAUUUAAAAACAGUUCAUCUCAAACAUUUUCAUUCAGGUGGCCUACUGAACCUUUUUUCUUCCUGGUUAACAUAAUUUUGAAAACAUAGUCACAUUACAAAAUGGUAAAUUUCAUAUGUAAUGAGUGCUUCAUAUUUUUGUUAUGGGAAAGUGAUCUGUUAUGCAUCAUCCUGUCUGUAGACAUGUUUGUCCUUCCUUUAUUCAAUAAAUGUAGUUUCAAAAGGAAGAAUCAUUAAAAUUUUCAUAACAUAGGAGCUUUUAGAUUUUCAUGGAUUACAUUUCUUUUAGCUGGUUGUCUCCUUGCAACCCCUACCUUGAAAAAACGUCACUAUGAAAACCAACCUGAUUUUAUUUACUGUUUACUCAGUGUAGAAAGUUACAUGCUUCAGGAGAGCAUUUUCGUCCCAUUGGCAACAUAUUCGAAGAGAAAAUGCUGAAAGCAAUUCUUAGUAUGACACAAGAAAGGAUAAGGGAAAGAGUUUGACAUCUUGAGGGAUUAACAUCAAAUGCCAAGCAAAGCUGAAAUUUCAAAGUUUACAAUUUCUCUUGUUCACAGCUGCCACCCUGUAGGCUGGGCCAACCCAAAGUGGUGGCAGCGGGUGCUCGUGCCCUGGAAUUGUGCGGGGUGGAGCGUGUCUUCACGCAUCGCCAGCCAGGGCCCAAACAGAGGGAUAUUUAGGUCAUAGAAAACAACUGGGGCAUUUCUACUUUACAUCCCAACUUAAAAAAUUGACGUAAAUAAUGUAUUAAUGGAGAAGAGUAGAGAUUAUUUGACUAGACAAAUGACUUUUUAAAAUAGUAGCCAAAUCUUUUUAUUGCUGAAAUUCUUGCUAUGUGUAUUCUCUUUUUGCCCUGAGGACACUGGAAAAAAUUUUGCCAAAUGGAAAAAUUACCCAUAAUCCUCACCAUCCUGGUACAGUGACUUCAGAACUUUAAUUUUGUAGUAAUAUUUUCCUUUUGUUUACAUAAUUAUGGUCUUAGGACACCUAUGUUUUUUAAUUGGCUUUUUCUGAUGUAAUUAGUUUGAUAACUUAUUUUAUUACUUCAUAUUCAGUUUAUUUAAACUAUUUCCUUAUUACUGAACACAAGUUAUUUUCCAUUUUAUUGGGAUAAAUUCCUGAGAGUGAGAUUAUUAAGUGGGAUAUAUGAACAAUUUUAUGGUUCUUAAUAUGUUGGCCUUAUUGCUUUCCCAAAGCGCUGUAACAUUUGACUGUCACUAUUUGAGUUUUAUCAGUUCACUGAAAGUUUACAGUUUGGGUGGGGGUGUGGUAUGUUGUUGUUGCUAAUUCAGUGUCAAGAGAGUUUAUCAUUGCUCUGCUUUGCUUUUGUGUGACUUGCAUGUAUUUUGUCCAUUUAUGUAAAUAAAUGUCUUACAGUUUCUUUAUA